UUCACAGACAUCUCUGUAACGGUGCGAAAAUGGCGACAACAAAAGCUUUGGUCUUCACUGUGACUCUGAAUAAUCUCACAAACCGCUUUGGUUCCAAGUCGCCACCAAGCGCUGCAAAAGUUUCCGCUUUUUCUGUUAGAUGCUAUGCGGGUAAUGGAGAAAGGCCUUGGAAAAAUUCAGAUGCUAGACUUGUGCUAGAAGAUGGUUCAAUUUGGAAAGCAAAAUCAUUUGGGGCUUCAGGAACCCAAUUUGGUGAAGUUGUUUUUAAUACAUCAUUGACUGGGUAUCAAGAAAUUUUGACAGAUCCUAGUUAUGCUGGCCAGUUUGUGCUGAUGACAAAUCCACAUAUUGGGAAUACUGGCAUAAAUUUUGAUGAUGAGGAAUCAAGGAAGUGCUUUCUUGCUGGUCUAGUAAUUAGAAGUUUGAGUAUCAGUACCUCAAACUGGAGAUGUGUGAAAGCUUUGGGUGAUUACUUAGCAGAAAGGAAUAUCAUGGGAAUUUAUGAUGUUGAUACACGUGCAAUCACACGCAGAUUACGGCAAGAUGGCAGCCUCAUUGGUAUCUUGAGCACUGACAAUUCCAAAACAGAUGAGGAACUAGUUCAGAUGUCUAAAUCAUGGGACAUUGUUGGUGUUGAUCUAAUAAGUGGAGUAUCAUGCAAAUCUCCACAUGAGUGGGUUGAUGAAACAAAGGAAGAAUGGGAUUUUACUUCCAAUAAAGGGCCCGGAGAAACUUUCCAUGUUGUUGCUUAUGAUUUUGGAAUCAAGCAUAAUAUACUUAGGCGCCUAGCAUCUUAUGGCUGUAAAAUCACUGUUGUUCCAUCUACAUGGCCGGCAUCAGAAACUUUGAAGAUAAAGCCGGAUGGGGUCGUUUUCAGCAAUGGCCCUGGAGAUCCAUCUGCUGUUCCUUAUGCUGUUGAAACAGUAAAGAAUAUUCUUGGAAAGGUGCCUGUUUUUGGAAUUUGCAUGGGCCAUCAAUUGCUUGGCCAGGCUUUAGGAGGUACAACCUUCAAGAUGAAAUUUGGUCACCAUGGAGGAAACCAUCCCGUUCGUAACCUUAGAACUGGCCACGUUGAAAUUAGUGCUCAGAACCACAACUAUGCAGUUGACCCCACCACACUGCCAGAAGGAGUGGAGGUUACUCAUAUCAAUCUUAAUGAUGGAAGUUGUGCUGGUCUUGCUUUCCCUGCUCAAAGAAUCAUGUCUAUUCAAUACCACCCUGAAGCAUCUCCUGGACCUCAUGAUUCUGACUACGCUUUUAGGGAGUUUGUCGAGCUAAUGAAUCAAGGGAAAAACAAAACAAAGGAAAAUUUACACCAAUUAUCAGCGGCACAUGCUUUGGAUGCGUAAUGCUUGAAGCGAGCUGGCUACACCAACUGGACGAAAACAAUAAAGCUUCUGAUCAAAAUUUAGCUUUUGUUAGUCUCGUAUAAUUUCGUAGAUUAGUAUUGAAGGGCUUCAGGGGAUGAUGAUGUUUUUCUGUUCAAUUUUUGUACGAGUUUAUUAUACCCACAACUGUUAUAACCCGCAAAUCAUAAUUAUGUACGCAUCCCAGUAGCAAACAACAAAAUUUUUGCUUGCUAUUAAUAAA